GAUGUUCAACAUUUCUCAGAGUGAAAAAAAAUCAGUGAGGCUACCUAAAAUAUUAAGUGUGUAUUUACAUUUUCUUUUCCCCCCUCUCUUACAUCCCGCUUCUUUAGAUCCCUUUCUGUUGUCGUCUGUCUUUCAAAAGAGAUUUUCAAUUUCAAAAUCUUUCAGAAAUUUUAUAGAAAAAUCAAGCUCCCUUUGGGUGUUUUGUUUUUGAAAGCCAGGUGAUCCAGAACAGAGAUCAAGGUUCUCUUUUUUUUAAAAAAAUUGUUUUCUUUGUUCAAACAACCAGAAGGGUCUGUUUUUGAAUCCCUGAGGUUGGUUUUUGGUUCUUUGAUUUGUAGAAAGCUUGUUAACUCUUUUUUUUGUUGUUGUUUUAUAAAUCUCUACCUGUUCUGAAGCUUUGAUAUUAGAAACAGGUACUUAUUGUGUGUUUUGAUAUUAACCAUGGCAGCAGCUAUAGAUAUAUACAGCAGCAGUAACUUCUCAGAUCCUUUAACAGAAGAACUUAUGAAAGCACUUGAACCUUUUAUGAAAGGUGCUUCUUGUUCUUCUUUUUCUUCAUCUUCAUCUUCACCUUCAACUUCUUCUUCUUCUUUCUAUAGUUUUGGUGAGCCUAAUUUGUAUACUGAUUUCUGUGCAAUCCCAUCAACGGCUACCCAAAUGUUUUCACAAGGGUAUUCGUGUUUUAACAAUAUGGGUGUAGCUGAAACAGGUUCAAUUGGGCUUAACCAUCUAACCCCUUCUCAGAUAUUGCAAAUCCAAGCUCAGAUCCAAUUGCAGAAUCAACAGCAACUACUACAACUACAUCAACAACAACAGAGCUUAGGUUUGUUAACACCUACUUCAACAUAUUCUAAGAAUCUGAAUUCUACAAACUUUCUUGGUAUGAAACCAGUCCCGAUGAAGCAAACUGGUGGUGCUUCUUCACAGAAGGCUACUAAGCUUUAUCGUGGAGUUAGACAACGCCAUUGGGGUAAAUGGGUUGCUGAAAUUAGACUUCCUAAGAACAGAACCAGGCUUUGGUUAGGCACUUUUGAUACAGCUGAAGAAGCUGCUUUGGCUUAUGACAAAGCUGCUUAUAAGCUAAGAGGAGAGUUUGCUAGACUUAAUUUUCCACAUCUAAGACAUCAAUUAAAUAAUGAAUUCUCGCCUUUACAUUCCUCCGUUGAUGCUAAACUUCAAGCCAUUUGCCAAAGCUUGGCUAAUCCCAAAUCAGAUGACUUGUGUUCUAAAUCUAAUUCCAAGCCAAGAAAGUCCAAAACCACAGCAGCAGCAGCAGUUCCAGUGGAUUCAAAUUCAGCUCAAGAAUCUUCAUCAAAGUCCGAAAUCACCAUAGAUGAUUCAUUGAAAGGAGAAUUCAGCUAUCCAGAAAAUGCUAAUAUCAAGAUUGAGGCAUCAUCAUCAUCCCCUGCACCAUCUGAGGAAUCAUCAUCUUCGCCUGAGUCUGAUAUUACUUUCUUGGAUUUCGCUGAACCACCAUCUUUCGAUGAAUCAGAAAAUUUCUUCUUACCCAAGUACCCUUCAGUGGAGAUUGAUUGGGCAGCUCUUUGAAACUUCUUGUAGUAUUACUUCGUUUUUU